UACACUCACCUAGUCAAAGGGAGGCUGGCUGCCCAGCCACAUCUAGUAUGUGAGCUGGUGAAUAUUGGACAUUUUUCUAGUAACUUAUCAAGAGUUGUUAAAAUCAAAGCUUUGUGAUAAUGAAGGUAAUUUGGUGUAGAGACUGAUUUAUGCAAGAAAAUUUGAACUUGUGGCAAUGUUUAACGCAAUGAAGAAAGGCAUAUUUUAUUUGUAUCGGAUUUCUUAUAUGGAAAUAAGCCAUCAAGACAGGCUGGAUAUAUUGUUUGGCAUAUUCUUCGCACACCUGACACUCGCAGUAUGGAGCAACUUAUGUGGGUUCCUUCCUGCAAGCUUCCUCUUGUACAAUGGUUUUCUCUUGGCAACAAUCAUAUGGAGUUUACAUCAUCGUGAAAGUGAGGAAGCACCUUUUAUGGCACUUUGCAUCAAUUUGCUGUCCAUUGUUUUUGAUGUUAUUAACUUCCUUAUCUACUGGACUGUUGAUGUCACGGCAACGAGACGAUUUGGGGCAGCAAUGGCAGUCAUUAAUCUACUCUUGAGGCCCCUGUCAAGUUUCCUCCUUUAUCGGAUAGUACAAGAUAGAGCUGGUACCUACGGUAGCUUUGGCCUCCCAACAGCUUUUGAAAGUAUUUUUGGUGGACGACGGAGCCCUUAUGAAGACAUUGAUCAACCCUCCCAGCAGAAUCCUUCCACCACUAUUGACACAGAUCAUCUUGGAGCAAAGCCAACAACUGCGCCAAAUGAAACUCUUUUCACCACAUAAACUUUAUUUUUAUGGUGAUAACAUGGUUAUCAAAGGGAAAAAAUGAAACAUGCUCUGGGGGUUCCACACUGCUUUAUUCCCAGAGUUUGUGUUAGUGUCCAUUAUUUUUGACAAAUACAGUAUAAUUAAGAUUAGCAUGGAAAGGUUCAGUGACAAAAUAUGAACACAUUCCCACAUCUUACACUUUUUAGCAUUUUAAGUUUUACCACAACUAAAAAAAAAAAAAAAAUCUAUUUUUAUUACAUUAAUUAUAUUCAAUACAAAACAGCCUAGUUUAUCAAGCAUGAAGAGCAUCUAGGUAAGAGAGGGAAAUUUUACUAGCAGUUUCUUUUUCUGAAGUUAGUAAUUGGUGUUAUUUUAAUUCUUAUUGUACAUUUAAGUUGAGUAGCCUUUCUGAGCAUUUGUCAGUGUACAGGUAACACAGAAGUGAUUUUAAUCAAAAUGUUAACAUGAAGUGCCAGAGUUUGAAUGACCUUCCUAAGUGGAAGAUUUUCGUACCUUCAAACUUUUACCUAUAUGUAUAUUGAAUAUCUACACCAUACAGCAUUACUUAGUUUGUAUAAACACCUGGCACAUAAAUAUUUUACCCAUAGCACUCAUAAGACUGCCAGAUGUACAUGCAGUUCAGGACAGAUUUAGAUUUGUCCUGUCCAGUUGGAUGCUUUGAUAUGCUUUGAUAUAUAAAAAAGAAGUCUUAUAAAAGAUGAAAAGUCCCACUGUAGAUCAAUAUUACUGGAGUUCUAGUCAGGUUUGUCUGUUUGUUACAAGUAACAAAUAUAUUCCAUUACUUGCAUGGGAAACAGAAAUAGAUUUGUCACUAGCUUAAGAAAUAUUGUACAAUUUUAUGAAUGCAAAUACUUAUUCUUCAGUAAAGUUUCUGACUUGAGCAAUAUUAUUACUCUUGGUAUUACACAUUACGUACAUUAUAUUUCCUUUAUUUUUUUAAGAAUUUCUUUUGCAUCUAGUAUGGUUCAUCUGACUUGAAUAAUAGAAGUGAAAUUCUAUGAGUAUGUUUUUUUUUACAUAAUUUUUUUACCCUUGGAAAAUUUUUAAUGUACUAGUAUAGAAAAUUAGGCAAGUGCUGAUCAUAACCAAGAUUGCCAGUACUGUAAUCAUUUUUCAGGUCUGUAACCAGUAUCUUAAACUUAUAAUCCUUGUACUCUAUACAGUCAUGAAAUGCAUUGUGUUGCAAUAUAUGCAGCAUUUCUUGAUACAUAUAUACCUUGUAUAUUUUUAUGACCAACUUGAUUUUGUAGAAUUAGUGAUGUCAUUUACUUUAUUUGAAGAGUGUUUAUAAUUAAUGUAGGCAAACUUUUCCAUGGAUGGACAUUUAUCUUGAGUGGUUAGUAAAAUAUGCAGUGAAAUAAGAAAAAAGAUGUGGUAAUUAAGAUGAAAACCUUGAGUAUUUAUCAAACAAAAUUGUAAUAAAUGUAGCAAGGAUAAAAUAAAAUGGAGUGCAAUUGU